AUGAAACUUCCCCAUUACAACCAGAAAGCUGAGUGUUGUCUGUCUGGUCAAUGUGAAGUUUGGCGAGAUGCGGCUCUACGGGCUUAUGCUACUUUCUCUUUCCUUCUGGACGUCCCAUUAAGUGUUACCUUUAAAAAUGUUUGCGGGGAAGUUCAACGGGUCUGUGUUCAGCUGGACCUCAGGCCUUUGCGAAAGAUUGAAAGCGCAGUGGAGAGUGGACUUUCCCUGGCUUCGGAUCCAGCUGGGAUUGUCGACUUUCUGGACAUGAUCAAUAAUUUAAAAGGAGACUCUGGUAGAGGAUAUUACAUGCAGAUGGUCAUUGGGACUCCGGGACAAACGUUGAACAUCCUGGUUGAUACUGGAAGCAGCAAUUUUGCUGUAGCUACAGCAGCACAUCCCUUCAUCAUACACUACUAUAACAGAGCAGUUUCCAGUACAUAUCAGAGCUCCGGGAGGGGAGUUGCAGUAAAAUACGCACAGGGAGAAUGGGAAGGGGAACUGGGAAGUGACUGGAUCACCAUUCCUCAAGGGCCCAGUGGUACCAUCACCAUCAACAUAGCCGCAAUCAUCUCCUCAGAAGGCUUCUUUCUGCCUGGAAUCAACUGGCAGGGAAUUCUUGGACUUGCAUAUCCUUUACUGGCUCGGCCUGACCCAUCAGUGGAGCCCUUCUUCAACUCUGUUGUGAGACAGACCAGCAUUCUAGAUGUGUUGUCUCUCCAGAUGUGUGGAGCAGGAGUCUCUGCCAGCACUACAGCUGACCCGACGAGCGGCAGUCUGAUCAUGGGAGGAGUUGAGCCAACCUUGUACCGGGGUUCAGUUUGGUACACACCAGUCCUAGAAGAAUGGUACUAUCAAGUGGAAGUCUUGAAGCUUGAAGUUGGAGCCCACAAUUUAAACCUAGACUGCAAAGAGUACAACUCGGAUAAAGCCAUUGUGGAUAGUGGGACGACUUUACUGCGACUUCCUGGAAAUGUGUUUAGUGCUGUGGUGGAGGCCAUUAUGCAAACAUCACUGAUUGAGGAUUUCUCGGCUGGAUUUUUUGAUGGCACCAAGCUUGCAUGUUGGAUGAGAGGCGAAUCACCAUGGAGGUUUUUUCCGAAAAUCUCAAUCUACCUCAGAGCAAUGAACACCAGCCAGUCCUUCCGCCUCACCAUUCUCCCACAGCUAUACGUCCAGCCAGUCACCAAUAUCGAUGGCACAUUGGACUGUUUCCGUUUCGGAAUCUCCUCUUCAGCAAAUGGCUUAGUCAUUGGAGCCACAGUAAUGGAGGGCUUCUACGUCUUUGACUGCGCACAAAAGAGGGUGGGCUUUGCUGUUAGCGCUUGUGCAGGUCGGUGGGUUCAGAUGUGUUUCAAAUGGCUUUAUGUCAUUUGA